AGCCGUCGUCGUUCAGUCUUCGGAAAGAGCUUGCUUGCGUCGGUCGUUACUUUCAGCGGAGGGGAAACGUCGCUACAAAAAUCUUGGUGUUUGGAUGUUGCAGGAGAGAAAAUAAUAAAAAUAGUGUGCAGAGGAAGAAGAAACCCCUGAAAUUUAUUUUGUGCGGAAAAAAGUGAAACUCGGGCGCUUUUUAUUUGCGGAAAAGUCGGGAUUUUCGCAGCGGUUUCCGUCGGUGACCCGUGCGUGACCACUCCUACAUACGCGCUGGUCUUGUGGAGGAAGAAAGAGUUUUUGUUCAGUGAUGCGUUACGACGACGGACAGUAAAACCGCGCCUGCAGGAAGAGUGAACUCUUUUUUUUUCGGGGGGAGCAGUUUUGGUCACCUUGUUUAUUAGGUACCGGAGAAAAUCGGGAGUUCAAAUUCCGGAUUGUAGUGGAUCGGUGGUGAUUGCUGGAGAGAAUUAUAUUUUUCGUGCGAUUCGGAAGUAAAGUUUCGAAGGCUGUUUCGACCGUGGGUUAAAAGAAUACCGAAGAAACAGUAUAAGAUUUUCAACCUGACCCGAGAGUGGUGACGACAUCGGCCAAGGCUGAAUUCUAAAGAGUAUAUGUGAAAGUGACACAAGUGAGAAGAAAUUUUACGUUUACGAUUUGAUCGAACCCGUGCUAAAGUUCAUAGAAGGAAGAAAAAAAAAACAUCGUUAAACAACGAUGGCCUUGGAGGAGACCCAGAAUGGGACGGUGGUCCAGCAGAAGGAAGGGGCCCAAAAGCAGCCUCCGCAGCAACAGCAAAUACAACCUUCCUCGUCGAGCGAGAAGCUAAAUGCGCUGGCCAACGGGACCAAUGAGAAAUCACGCAACAAUAACAAACAGAACGACACAAACACAGCUUUCCUCAGAGCAGCCCGGGCCGGAGAUCUACCGAAACUGAUAGAGUACCUCGAGACCGAACAGGUCACAGAUAUAAACACAUGUAACGCGAACGGCCUAAACGCCCUGCAUCUGGCCGCCAAGGAUGGCCAUUUCGAAAUUGUUCAGGAGCUGCUAAAACGGGGCGCCAACGUGGACAAUGCAACCAAAAAGGGCAACACAGCGCUACACAUAGCGUCGCUGGCCGGCCAGAAAGAAAUAAUCCAGCUGCUGCUCCAGUACAACGCCUCAGUAAAUGUGCAAUCCCAAAACGGCUUCACGCCCCUCUACAUGGCCGCCCAGGAAAAUCACGACGAAUGUGUCAACCUGCUGCUGGCAAAGGGAGCGAAUCCGGCCCUGGCUACGGAGGACGGAUUCACACCUCUGGCCGUAGCAAUGCAGCAAGGUCACGACAAAGUCGUUGCGGUUCUGCUUGAAAGUGAUACCAGAGGCAAGGUGCGGUUACCGGCUCUCCACAUAGCGGCCAAGAAGGACGAUGUCAAAGCGGCGACACUCUUGCUUGAGAAUGAACACAACCCCGAUGUGUCGUCCAAGAGCGGUUUUACGCCACUGCACAUAGCCGCCCACUAUGGGAAUGUCAAUGUCGCCCAGCUGUUGAUCGAGAAGGGUGCCGACGUUAAUUUCACCGCCAAGCACAAUAUCACCCCGCUGCACGUCGCCUGUAAGUGGGGCAAGCUGAAUAUGGUGUCGUUGCUAAUCAAGAACUCGGCGCGAAUCGACAGCGUGACUCGGGAUGGACUGACACCGUUGCACUGCGCUGCCCGGUCGGGGCACGACCAGGUCAUUGAUCUGCUUCUGGAACACAAUGCCGACAUUAUUGCCAAGACCAAGAAUGGCCUCGCUCCCCUGCAUAUGGCGGCGCAAGGUGAGCACGUGAGUGCCGCCAAGAUCCUUCUGGUCAACAAAUCUCCGGUAGACGACAUCACAAUAGACUAUCUGACGGCGCUUCAUGUGGCUGCUCAUUGUGGCCACGUAAAAGUAGCCAAGCUGCUGUUGGAUCGGAACGCCGACCCGAACGCCCGAGCCCUGAAUGGGUUCACACCGUUGCAUAUUGCGUGCAAAAAGAAUCGCAUAAAAGUGGUGGAACUGUUGCUGAAACAUGGUGCUACCAUCAGUGCCACCACGGAGAGCGGACUAACGCCGCUGCAUGUGGCCAGUUUUAUGGGCUGCAUGAACAUUGUGAUUUUCCUGUUGCAACACGAUGCUAGUCCUGAUAUACCGACGGUGCGAGGGGAAACUCCACUACAUCUGGCAGCCAGAGCCAAGCAAGCCGACAUUAUCCGGAUUUUGCUGCGAAAUGGUGCUUAUGUCAACGCACAAGCCCGUGAGGAUCAAACACCGCUGCAUGUUGCUUCCAGAAUCGGCAACGUCGACAUCGUCAUGCUCCUGCUGCAGCACGGUGCCAAAAUCGAUGCCACCACAAAGGAUAACUACACUCCCCUGCAUAUCGCUGCCAAAGAAGGCCAGGACGACGUAGCAGCCGUUCUGCUGGAUAACAAAGCCAACAUGGAAGCCGUUACCAAGAAGGGCUUCACCCCGCUCCAUCUGGCGGCAAAAUACGGCAACCUUAAGUGCGCACAACUGCUGCUCGACCGCGGCGCCCAAGUGGACGUCCAAGGCAAGAACGGCGUCACCCCAUUACACGUUGCUAGUCAUUACGAUCAUCAGAAAGUGGCACUUUUGCUGCUGGAAAAAGGUGCUUCUCCUUACUCCCCGGCCAAAAAUGGUCAUACCCCACUGCACAUCGCAUCCAAGAAGAACCAAAUGGACAUUGCAAAUACACUUCUCGAGUACAAGGCGGACGCCAACGCUGAAAGCAAGACCGGAUUCGCUCCUUUGCAUCUUAGUGCACAGGAAGGUCACAGGGACAUGUCCAAAUUGCUCCUGGAUAACGGUGCUAAUCCGAACCAUACAGCCAAAAACGGUCUCACUCCGCUUCAUCUAUGUGCACAAGAGGAUCACACCGAAAUUGCCAAGGUCCUCUUGGAUCACGGUGCCAAUGUCGAACCGACAACAAAAACCGGUUUCACACCACUGCACGUGGGUGCCCACUUCGGUCAGAUCAACAUAGUUAAGUUCCUGCUGGAGAAUGAUGCCAACAUUGAAAUGAAGACCAACAUCGGCCACACGCCCUUGCAUCAGGCCGCCCAGCAGGGCCACACCCUGAUCAUAAACUUGCUGCUGAAAAACAAAGCCAACCCGGAAGCGGUGACCAACAACGGUCAGACGGCUCUGUCGAUCGCCGACAAGCUCGGCUACAUUACCGUUGUGGAGACGCUGAAGGUCGUCACGGAAACGAGCGUCACCCAAACGGUAGACGAGAAGUUCAAGAUCGUUGCCCCCGAAACAAUCCACGAGACGUUCAUGUCCGAUUCAGAGGAUGAAGGCGGAACAGACGAUCCCAACCUGCCGACGACUGAAUCGAACCUCCUGAGCCAGACCCAGCAGUCGUGCAGCAGUAGUGGUGUUAUCAAGUACUAUCAAUCGCAGAUGCGUUACACACGCGAGGAUCCGAUCAUGUCUGAUCAGCAGCAGUACAACUACAUGACGAGCGACGAGAACAAACAGUUCGACGAUACCAACAUCACCAAUAUGAGCAUCGAUCCGAUGAAGGACGAGAAGUACCUCGAGAAGAUCAUCUCCAAUGCCGAGAAGUACCCGUCGAUGACACCGCGCGAAAGCACACCCAACCCGCUGGACAUUACCGUGACCGACAAUGUCAACAUCACCCGCAAGCCGAUCCACGUCGGGAGUAACCCGUCGUUAUCGCUUGGUGGUUUGACGGAGUAUUGCGAAAAGAAAAACUUUGUUCCACUGUGUAGGGAAAGGUUUUUGGUAUCGUUCCUGGUCGAUGCCCGCGGUGGCGCCAUGCGUGGAUGCCGUCACAGUGGCGUCCGUGUCAUCGUUCCGCCCCGUUCAGCAGCUCAACCAACUCGGAUCACAUGUCGGUACGUGAAACCACAACGAAUCACCAACGCACCACCAUUGAUGGAGGGUGAAGCACUGGUUAGUCGGAUACUGGAGUUGGCUCCGGUGGGUGCUAAAUUUUUGGGUCCGGUAAUUAUUGAAGUUCCUCACUUUGCCUCGCUGCGCGAGAAAGAACGUGAGAUCAUUAUCCUACGGUCGGAUAAUGGUGAGACGUGGCGAGAGCAUACACUGUACGACAGUGAAGAAGCCAUUCACGAUGUCUUGAAUGACACAUUCAAGGGAGAUACUCUAAACUUUUUAGAGGAUUUGCACACUAACCGCAUUACUCGUAUCUUAACCAAUGAUUUUCCACAUUACUUCGCGAUCGUUUCACGAAUCAGGCAAGAGGUUCAUGCCAUCGGACCAGAAGGUGGCACCGUUUCAGCCACAGCUGUUCCGUUGGUUCAGGCCAUCUUUCCUCAGAAUGCUUUGACCAAGAAGAUCCGCGUGGGUCUUCAAGCUCAACCCAUCGAUAUGAACACGACAGCGAAUCUGUUGGGUCGGAGCGUUGCUGUAUCUCCAGUGGUAACGGUUGAACCCAGGCGGCGCAAGUUCCACAAAGCGAUCACUCUGAGUAUGCCCGCACCGAAGGCCUACAAUUCAGGAAUGAUCAAUCAGUACUCGGGUAAUGCGCCCACUUUGAGAUUACUCUGCUCUAUCACCGGCGGACAGAACAAAGCCGUCUGGGAAGACGUUACUGGGUCUACUCCGUUGACCUUCGUUAACGAUUGCGUUUCAUUCACAACGACGGUGUCGGCUCGCUUCUGGUUGAUGGACUGCCGAAACAUCAACGAGGCAACCAAGAUGGCCACCGAUCUGUACUCGCAGAUGUCGCAUGUGCCAUUUAUGGUCAAGUUUGUCGUCUAUGCCAAACGAGUUGAUCAAAACGAAGCGAAGUUGAGCGUGUUCUGUAUGACCGAUGAUAAGGAAGAUAAGACUUUGGAGCAUCAAGAGCACUUUACGGAAAUCGCCAAGUCUCGCGAUGUGGAAGUUUGCGAAGGUCGUGUGGUUUAUUUGGAGUUCGCUGGUAAUAUCAUACCAGUUAUGAAAUCUGGUGAACAGCUUUCAAUACAGUUCAACGCUUUUAAGGAAAAUCGGCUAACAUUUCCCAUCAAGAUCAAAAACAAUCUUGAUGAACUUCUAGGUCGCAUCUCCUUCAUGAAUGAACCCAAAGUGGCCAAGGGUGAAAUUACUCCUACACCGCUGUGUACCCUAAGCUUUACACUGCCUCCCGAGAAGUACGGACUUGGUGGAGAUGAGAUGGAAACAGGGUCGGAAUUCGAUCAAAGUUCUACGGAAAUUCUCAAUUUUGAUCAGCAGUCUAUCGUCAACGCUGCCAAUCGAAGCAAAACACUUAACUUCACUUUCCAGAAUGGUGACGCCAAUAAUGAAAUUCACAAGGCCGACAUCAAAAUCACCGACAUUUGCAAUCUGCUUGGAUCGGAUUGGCCUCUGCUGGCGGAGGAACUACAGAUUUCACCGAGCGACGUUGAUCUCAUUAAAUCGGAAUACGAGAAUGACGAAGCGCAACAGGCAGUGGUAAUGCUGCGCUUAUGGUUACGUCAAGCAGGCAGAGAUGCCACUGGAAACGUCCUCGAGCAAGCGCUGAUCAAAAUCAACCGAGCGGAUAUUGUAAGCAAGUCUAUUACCAACUUAGAAUUGGUAACCGACGAACGGGAGAAGAAACUUGCCAAGCAACAGCUUGGAUCAACGAAUGGAAUUGAUGAGGUAGAUCCUGUCAAAAUCAACGGGAUUGAGUGCAACGUGAUGGACGACUCAACGCACGAACCAGCGGACGAGAAGCAAGAACACGAAACCGACGAAAAAACUAGCAAGGAGCCAUCGACGUCCCCCUCGGCAGCCUCCUCACCGGACAACACCGAAGCAAUCCAGCAAAUCCGAAGGGAAAGUGCAAUCCUGGGUAUUGCUUCGGAGAAGAAGGACGGUGAUCUGGCCACUCCACCGCCCAGUCCGGCCGAGUUCGCAGUUCCUGUUCAACAGUCACCCGUGAGUGCUGAGGUCAUACCGGAAGAUGUUCUGCAGCAGGCCGUCGCCGAGGAUGUUCAGGAAAUCAUCCAGGCUGCGAUAGCCGAGCAUGACACCACCGGUGACGAUGACGACUUGGACGAUCUGGCCGAAGAGGGUGAUGAAUCCGAAGACUUUGAACAGUUGGACCUGGAAACGGACAAGAGUGGCAAAGUUCGAACGAUCAAAAAGCACUCGAAGGUAAACAUCAAGAUCAACAAACAGUUGGUGCAUAGGCCCAACGUGGAAGAUAUUGAGUGGGAGGUGACCCCCGUUGUGUCGACGGAUGAUCAAGCUGAACAGUCGGAAGUGGUUACGAAGGAGAUCUCGUCGGUUAACUUGGAAGACGUGUCCAACGAUCGAAGGUAUAGUUUGGACAGAAUGGAUCCAUCGCCGGGAUCACUCCAUGCCCCAGGACGAAUGUUUGAGAAGUCCUUUUCGACCCCGGGCGCAGGUGAACAGAAAACCGAACAAAUUGUGAUCAUUUCUUCGGAUAACAACAUCUCCGAGGUGGCAGCGGAUUACUCCGGCGACAUAGAUGAGUUCAUUUUUGUGCAAACGUCGCCGGAGAACUACGCCAAGAUGGAGAAGGAUCAGAAUGCAACCGACGAAGAUGACAACAGCAAUCUGGUGAUAAUUACUGAGGAACACUACGACUACGAAAUGGAGGACGACCGACGAUCAAGCGUGAUCGAUCAGUCUCCGCAGGACGAAGAUGAUGCCCCACAUAAGUUCAUCGUUGGAAGCAGUAGCUCGGAAAGUGACGAGGGCAGAAAUUUAGCGCCCGAUCAGCUGGCCGGAUCCAACUGUCCCACUCCGUCCAUUAUUGUAACGCAACCCGGAGCCACGAGUGUUACCGGAGGGGCUAGCUACUCCAGUCGGACAGGUGGCUCAUCCAGUGGGUCGGACGUUGCUCUGCACGAAACUGGCGGCGAGCUGAGUGAUGACGACGAAACAGGUAAAGUCACCUCUGCCCAGCCAAAAUAUGAAACAGCCGCCCCUCACGCCACAGACAUUUCCGAACAAGCGACUCCAGUGGAAAACGCUGCCUCUCCCAAUGGGUCGGACAAACGUUUAUCCCAAGUAGGACCGGAUGAGUCAGAAGACAAACCUCAGGAAAUUCAGAUGGUGAUCUCUGACGCUGAUGCCAUCGACGAAAGCGUUACAGAGCCGCACUCGGAACCGAAAUCGGUCGUAUCUAGCUCCGGUGGCGAUGGUGACGACUCCCAGGGUCUGAUUGACAUUGAAGCUAUCAAUUGUGAAACACUUCUGGAUGAUGACCAUCGGCCACCACCGUUUGGUUCUGGGACGGAUAUCCUCGUGCCGAUCCAAACCACCGAUAUCAUUCACCCUUCAACUAACGAACCGAACUUCUGCGAUCUAACUGCUGACGGUGAUGGGAUCAGUUCCGAACAAGUGGUGACGGUUAUUCAGAAUAUCUCUUCCGACGAGAGCCACUCUACUGAUGAUAAGAACUACCUAGUGCAGAAUAACGACCAGGUGAUAUGUGUUGAGCCCAGUGAGCCACCCGCGUUCAAUAGCUUGCCGACUGAAGACAGUCGAACGGAGAGCAACACCAUUGUGGAUGAAACGGAAGAUGGCACCGUGCGGACAACGGUAAUCACAACGACCACCACCACUUUUAAUUCCACCUCGGAUGACAUCCCAGAGGAGCUGCAGAGGCAAUUGCUGGAGCAAAUGCAACUCGCCGCAGCCAAGAACUCCGAGAACGGAUCCAAUACCGUGGUGACGACCGUAACGACAACCAACAGCGAGGACACCGAUGAACCGGGUUCGCCGAACCACUCAGCGACAACGACCACCACCACCAAAACCACGACCAACACCAUCACCCUCACCUCGACCGAUGCCGAUUUUCCGGAGGACGAGCUCCUGCAGAAGAUCACGACCACGACGCAGCUGCUGCAGCAGUCCAACGCACCGGAAGUCGUCAAGGAAACCCGGACCGUCACCGUGACGGAGGUGGUCGACGGGAAGCCGGACGCCAAACCCUCGAUCAACGCGAUCGUCGACGAGUUCAUGAACGAGGAGCGUAGGAACUAAGUUCAAUGUGGUAGAGUAGGAUGCGCACGCACGCUUGCUGAUGAGUAUCGAUCGAUGUGUUUCGCUACUGAUUGGUUAGCUUUGUAUAAAAUUCAGGUAAGUGCAUAAACUUGUUCUAAGUUGAAUGGCCAAAAAUGUGCGGAAGUUUAAGACCAGGAUCAUGGCGGAGACCGUACCUUUGUUUUAACUUUAUCGUCUUGAAGCUAGGCUAUUUCGUUGAAGGUUUCAUAAUUUUUAAUUGUGUAUUUAGCGUGUUUUAUCGUGCGUAAAAGUUUGUUUUUUGGAAUUCGAAGUAUCUAAUCUACUAAGUAUUUUAGUAGAAGUAUUAACUAAGUCUCAGUGGUGAUCAUCACGUCAGCCCUAAUUUUAUGGUGCCUAUCUUUAGCCAGGCUUGAUUGGAUACGAAGGAAAACUCACUGUUAUAAAGGCGAGAAUCAGCGGAUCAUGCAGCUCCCCGCUCUGAACUUCUGCCGAAUCGCCACUGCAAGUGGUUGAGCUGUAAGACGGAAGUUGUAAAACAAAUUUACGCGAAACGUAGGAUUGUAACGAACAGAGAAGAUUAUUUAUUUUGCUAACAUUUAUUAAUGUCGUCCCUGUAAAGCUUAAACCUAUAGAAGUCUAAAGAGGGCGAACUAGCAGGUAGUUCUGCUGGUAGAGCUCCUUUCAAUAUUUUGAUAUUAUUGAUGUGUGAAAUUCAACGGAAUCGUAUUUAUAUUCGAGAUAUAAUAUAAAAUGAUAAUAAGUUAAACCAUACCUGAAAGUUGAAUUCGUUCAAAAUGAGGAAAUGUAAAAUUGGAAAUUAUUUUCGUAAUACGGUGCAAAUGAGCAGGCUUGUUGUUCAUCAACGAUAUAUGAAAUCAAAUGAUUUCCCUUAUUGUGUAGGGUUUAGAAGGAGGAAAAAUUCAUUGUUCAGAAGACUAUUUUGUUCAAAAUGGAUAACCAUUAAACCGAAAUAUAAUGAAAAUACAAGCAACUUUAGAAUGUUAGAAUGAUUAAGUUCCAUAAAGCUCUCAUUUCUACAAUAUACAAAAAUUCCUACCGCAUCACAUAACUGCCGUCAUACGCAUAUUAGUCCCAUGUUUUCUGGAAAUCUUAUGUUCCAAAUAGGACAAUAAAGGGUAUAAUGGCAGUAUAGAUAUGAAUAUAAAUGGAAGACUUUGUGUCAAAUGUACAACAAGCCUGAGCAAAUGAAAAGGAUGGCACAGCAGAGUGAAAAAAAUGAAUAUUGUAACUGUAAAAUUGAAGGAAACGUGCAAAUUGCAGCUAAACUGAACAAAACAGAUUAAAUAAUUCCCAUCAUGAAAUAAAAGUACAUGCAUUCAAGCCACAAUAUAUCAAUAACUAAUUCACAAAUUAUAAAGAUUAUGACAAUUGAUACCGAUUGAGCGAGACGUAGCUUUUAGCAUUUUCUCUUUAUUUCUGAUUACCAAUUAGAAAGUUCACAACUCAGUAAGUAACACAGUAAUGUAGAUGUCACUACUAUAAAAACAGUAUUUUAAGAAAUGUUUUCUCUUGUUUUAAUGUUAUACUUUUCUUUUGUGUGACUAUUUAUUGAUUCGAUUAAUCAUAGUAGCUUUUAGAUGAGUCCUUCCUUUCUUUUAAGUCGUUAUCUGAAAACUAUUGAGCACCUAUUUCCAGUCAUUCGAAGGUAAUUAUACGUUAUUGAUAUUUUUUACAAUUUCGCCAAUUUACAAACACACACACUAUCAACACUGACAGCUCGAACUGGCCUUUAAAACCAGUCCAAUAAAUACACCCGUCCUAUCACACACGUAGGUAACUAGUUUUUAUUCAUAUAAACUUUUUCAACGUUAUCACCAUCAAUAUUAUAAAUUGUGAAAGAACCUUCUUUUCGAUAAAACCCGAAAUCAUUAAUUAGGGAAAGGUAAGGAAAGUACCCCCUUCGUCUAUUUAUAUUUAUCGCCCUUGUUGAAAAAGAUGUAUCUAUUGCAGAAAAACACACAUACACAUUUAACUAUAGAGAUUAGAUCGAAAGCACUAUUAAUCUUACAAAUUAAGCAAACAAACAACACAAAACGAAUCAAAAGUGAGGUUCACAGCCCUGUGAAUAGAGGAUUUAUUUACAAAUGGUUAAUGACGAUAAAUGUAGCUAAGAGAUGAAAACUAAAGAAAUAACGAAGAAAAAUCACAUACAUCUAUAGAUUUAAUAUCAAUGUAUAAUGAAAUGAUUUGAAACUUGGAAGAUACCGAAAGGUACGCAAACAUUACGCAAGUUGUUGUAGAUUAAAAACGCAAAACAAUGAGCAUUAAACUGCAAUAUACCUAUGCUAUCUAUAAGUCGAGAAACAGAAACGACAAAAUUGCAAGUUCAAAAAACUUGUCGACCCGCGCUGCUAAAGAUAGUCGUAUAUUCCAUAGCAACAAUAAUAAUAAUGUUUGGAUUAUCAAAUCACUAUCUACCUGUUUAUGGGAACGAAAUGCGAAAUACAACAAAACAGUAACGCGGGAAGCAUACUAGAUACAGAUGAUCACAGAUGGAAAUUUAAAGAUUUAAAUAAAUUUAAUCCUGCUGAAA